CCGGAAACACAAGACAUCAGGCCGUGCUAUUUUAGAUCGUUUUGCAUCUCUCUUUCAAAUUGGACAUACAUCUAAUGAAUUGGUCAUGUUUUUCGCGUAAUGUUGCUGCCGUUUUGACGGUUGCAGCCAACGGGAACGGUGAUAAUUUCUUAACGAUUCUUAGCUGCGUUACGAUCUUUCAUCAUUUCGAAUAAGUGCCGUGGGGGGUAUGAGAAGUUUCUCUCGGGUUUUCCACUGUCAUCGCGAACUCUUCGCUUAACUAUUACUAAUAUGUAGUACACUUAAAAGAAGUUCCUUAAAACUAUGUUAAAUUUAAAAUAUUAUUAUAAUUAUAAUAAUUGGUUAAUGUCAAGAUAUAUCGUGAAAAACCCAUAUUAUAUUCAAGAUUAAAAGUAUUAAUAGUUUUUAAAUUAAAAGAACAAAAUAUUUAAUGUGAAUAGCUUUUCAAAAUGAAAUGAUAUGAUGUGAAAUUAAUGUUUAGUUGAGUCUAGCAUUGCCGAAUCCCAAUGAGGUGCUCGCUUAGACGAAACCUGCCAAGGAAAGUGAAAUUCCCGGCGAGACUGGCGCAACUGAAUGGGCUCAGCGAUGCGGACAAUUUUAGUCGCAAAUUGCAUGGCACAAUUUGUCGCCAGUCGCCUGCAAAAUCCCUCAGACUAUUUUAUAAAGUCGAUGACAUGACGCCGGCGAGCUUAGUCAUCAUGUUCGCCUGCAAACGGAAGCUUCGGAUCGCAUUUGGCCUUAUCUUCUGGGCAAGCCUAGCCGUGGCCCAGAAUGCCAGCGAUAAAGUGGUUAGCGAUCGGGGAGGAAGUCAACUUGACCAGGCGGGUUCGGCAACCGCCAAGAGUUUCGAACCACCUCCUGAAUUCUACCGAGGUCCAGGAUCCGGUUCGGGAUCGAAUACUUUAAGUGGUUCCAACACUCAUUCCAAGAGCUUCGAGCCACCGCCUGAAUUCUACCGGGGUCCAGGCUCAGGAGCAGGUUCGGGAUCACAUACUUUGAGUGGCUCCAGCACUCAUCCCUCGCUGGGAAGUGUGGGCGAAAGUCUAAGUGAAACCUAUAAUAAGUGGCGAGCUGGAGGGGCAAAUCUACAGGACAGGAUCAGUGUGGGUCCUUAUGGAGCCGCAGGAGGAGGGGUAUCGCAUGCACCGACCGUGGGAAGUUUUGAAAGUAAUUCCCAUCCUUAUCCCUACGAGUACUCCCACAGCAGCGCAGGAUUAGGUGGAGCAGGUGGAGGUGGAGGAGCAAGUGGCGGCUAUUUCGGAAGCUCGAGUGUCGAGGCGGGUAUUCCGUUCGACGCGUAUGGAUCGCGUCCUGGUCACGGUGUUGGCCACGGUCACUACUCCCCGCCUGAGUACAUGUAUCCGUACCCACUGGAUCCCCAUCCCCACGAGAUAGCCGCGCACAAGGGUCCCGGUCACGGUGAUGUUUCAUCCAAAGCCCUGCUAGCCAAGAGCUUUCUAAUCCCGCUGGCCAGUGCUGCAGUCCUGGGAAUCGCCGCCGCCCUAGUCAGCAAUCCGCUGCUCCUCCAGUUGGGCACUGUUUCCGGACUGGGCACCAUCGUCGGCAAGCGCAAACGACGUGCAACGUCGAAGAAAGCCCAUAGAUACACUUUAUAAAUAUGCCAUUCAUAAGCGAUCUAAUGGAAAAUAAACUUUUGUCUUCAAUGAAUCUGUAUCGAUAAGUAGCAAUGCCUGAUAAGAUUCUAUUAAAAGCGGUUAACAAUUUGUGCAAAUCAAAAUUUUGAGAUGGGUAAACGCUUAUCUUUUAAUCGUUGAAAAGGGUAGAUAUUUAGAAAAAUAUAACACUAAUCAACAGACGGUUUUUCAGUUCUUUCCCUUAUAUGAAAAGAAUAA